AAAUAUAAACAAUUUCAUCGUCGGUGUCGUAAAUAAAUAUAAACGGUCCUUUCCUCAGUAAUCAAUCAGUCUUCGCGUCUUCACCAACCCCCUUUCUCUGUGAUCCAGCAAUGGCGGCUUCCAUUUCCAAGCUCUCCAAUCCCACCCCCGCUUCCUCCUUGUCCUCAACCUUCAGCCCCAGAACGCCGCAGCCCAAGUGUUUGAUCCGCCUCCUCGCCACCCCCGCCGCCACCUUCAACUCCAAACUCUCCUCCUCCAAGCUCUCCGUGCGAAGCAAGCCCUCUCUCCGGGGCUCUCUGGUUGUGAGGUGUUCUCAGAGUGAUGGAAAUGGAAGUCAGAUGAAGAGAACGUAUCUGCAUGAUCUGUACGAGAAGGAAGGGCAGAGUCCCUGGUAUGAUAACCUUUGCCGGCCCGUGACGGAUCUGCUUCCACUUAUCGCAAGCGGGGUUCGAGGUGUAACCAGUAACCCAGCGAUUUUCCAGAAAGCAAUCUCAACUUCAAAUGCUUACAAUGAUCAAUUCAGGGAACUUAUACAUUCAGGAAAAGACAUUGAAAGUGCAUACUGGGAACUGGUGGUGAAGGACAUUCAAGAUGCUUGCAAACUUUUUGAGUCAAUCUAUGAUCAAACUGAUGCUGGUGAUGGUUAUGUUUCUGUUGAAGUUUCUCCCAGACUUGCUGAUGACACUGAAGGGACUGUCGAUGCUGCAAAAUGGCUACAUAAAGUAGUUGCUCGUCCUAAUGUCUACAUAAAAAUUCCUGCAACUGCUCCUUGCGUUCCUUCAAUUAAGGAAGUUAUAGCAAAUGGCAUAAGUGUCAAUGUGACUCUUAUAUUCUCACUUAGUAGAUAUGAGGCAGUGAUGGAUGCUUACUUGGAUGGCCUUGAGGCUUCUGGACUGAGUGACCUUUCCAGAGUCACAAGUGUUGCUUCCUUCUUUGUCAGUAGGGUGGACACCCUCAUUGACAAGAUGCUUGAAAAGAUUGGAACUCCAGAGGCCCUCGACCUUCGAGGAAAGGCUGCAGUAGCUCAAGCUGCUUUGGCAUACCAACUCUACCAGAAGAAAUUCUCUGGCCCUAGAUGGGAGGCUUUGGUGAAAAAAGGUGCUAAGAAGCAGAGGCUGCUUUGGGCUUCAACUAGCGUCAAGAAUCCUGCCUACCCCGAUACUUUAUAUGUUGCUCCUCUCAUAGGCCCCGACACGGUUUCAACCAUGCCAGACCAAGCUCUCCAAGCAUUUGUCGACCACGGCACAGUUUCAAGGACAAUUGAUUCAAAUGUAUCCGAGGCUGAAGGCAUUUACAGUGCACUGGAGAAGUUAGGCAUCGACUGGAGCUACGUUGGGAACCAACUCGAAAUUGAGGGAGUGGAUUCUUUCAAGAAGAGUUUCGACAGCCUGCUAGACACCCUGCAAGAGAAGGCCAACUCUCUUAAUUUGGUUAGUCCGUAAGAUGCAAGAUGUGGGUGAGAACUACUUGUGUGAGUUGAAUAAAGCUGGUGGGGGUUGUCGUCCUGUGAGUUUGGCAUUGUUUUCUUUUUCCUUCCCCCACCCUAUGAAGGUGAAGCUAGUAGACCUUCCGAAAUGUACUUUGCAUUUGGAUUUGAGAAUUAUGGGCCAUCAAGUAGAUGAUGCUCGGUGUUAGUCUCUGCAAGAUUUUCCAUUUCUGCUCGCAAAUUGAACCGUCAAGCUUAAAAUUCUUGAAUCCGACCGCCGAAUUUUAGGUUACCUUCAAACUAAUGGAGAGAUUCAAGUAUGUAGUGUAUGGACUUCCUUGUUGAAUUAUGUACCUACGGAAGAACGAAAAUACACUAAUAAUUAGAAAAAUAUUAUGUUAUCGAAUUCUCAA